AUGAUAGCGGGGAGUAUCGACGACGAGGCGACGAUGGCUAUACAGUCAACACCAGAGACCAUUCAAGUAAAUGGCACGACCUGUGAGCCCGCAGACGAAAACGACAGGAUAUUGAGCAUCCAGUCACACGUCGCAUACGGUUAUGUGGGCGGAAAGGCUGCUGUAUUCCCCCUCCAAUGUAUAGGCUACGAUGUUGAUGUAGUCAACACCGUGAAUUUUUCAAAUCACACCGGUUAUGAACGCUUCGGUGGAACACGAGCAUCUGCAGAAGAACUCUCGUCGAUCUUUAAGAUGAUGGAUGAGAUUGGCUUGCUUUCUCGCCACAGACUUCUCACAGGUUAUAUACCAAACGCCGCUGCUUUGGAAGUCGUAAAGGAACUUGCGCAAAAGCUCAAGUCACGAAACCCGCACCUCAUAUACCUUAUGGACCCUGUGCUCGGUGACUCAGGAAAGCUCUAUGUAUCACAAGAUGUAAUACCCAUAUACAAGGAGAUGUUUUCUUUUGCGACCAUUAUCACUCCCAACUGGUUUGAAGUCGAGACUCUUACCGGUGUACCACUCCUCUCUCUAAGCGCUCUCCGUAACGCCCUAUCCAUCCUACAUAAGCACGUUCAACACGUCAUUAUUUCAUCCAUCCCCUUACAGCCAUGGUUAUCCAAGGUCCUACCUGAAACCAUGCAGCCUCCGGCCUCUACGGAUAACCAACAAGCCUAUCUCCUCUGCAUCUCCUCAUCCCGCACGAUAGGAACAAGCUCUCAUUCCGCAGUACACGCCAGACUCGUCCCACUGAUUGCAGGAUACUUCUCCGGAGUAGGCGACCUCUUCUCUGCACUGACUCUCGGGCACUUCAACCCAUCUCCUACUCCUUCAGACAGCAAACCUCAUUCAGCGACACAGACCCCAUUGUCGUUCGCCGCCGCUGCCGCUCUGCACAAGACGCACUCCAUCCUUGAGUUCACCAAUGCCUUUGCAGCGCGACUUCCACCUGAAGACCGCACGAGUACUGAUGAUGAGCUUGACGCAGCUGAGCCCGUGCGAAAGCUCAAACGGAUGAGGGGCAGAGAGCUUAGACUUGUGCAGGGCCAACACAUAUUGCGGGAGGAAUGGAGGGAGGGGCAAGGGAAGGACCUGCAAUUCUGGGAUGGAUUUUGGGACUCGGUUUAA